ACCAUGGCAACUGCACCAUACAACUACUCUUACAUCUUUAAAUAUAUUAUUAUUGGGGACAUGGGAGUAGGAAAGUCUUGCUUGCUUCAUCAAUUUACAGAAAAAAAAUUUAUGGCCGAUUGUCCUCACACAAUUGGUGUUGAAUUUGGAACAAGAAUAAUUGAGGUUAGUGGCCAAAAAAUCAAACUGCAGAUUUGGGAUACAGCAGGACAGGAGCGGUUUAGGGCUGUUACACGAAGCUACUACAGAGGAGCUGCAGGAGCACUUAUGGUGUAUGAUAUCACUAGAAGAAGUACAUAUAACCACUUAAGCAGCUGGUUGACAGAUGCAAGGAAUCUCACCAAUCCAAAUACUGUAAUAAUUCUCAUAGGAAAUAAAGCAGAUUUGGAGGCACAGAGAGAUGUUACAUAUGAAGAAGCCAAACAGUUUGCUGAAGAAAAUGGCUUAUUGUUCCUUGAAGCAAGUGCGAAAACGGGAGAGAACGUAGAAGAUGCUUUUCUUGAGGCCGCCAAGAAAAUCUAUCAGAACAUUCAGGAUGGAAGCCUGGAUCUGAAUGCUGCCGAGUCUGGUGUACAGCACAAACCCUCAGCCCCACAGGGAGGCCGGCUAACCAGUGAACCCCAGCCCCAGAGAGAAGGCUGUGGCUGCUAGUGACCUCUUUGCUGUGGCCCCUCAUUUGACCUUUCACCUCUGUCUGUUGGAAGCAGUACUUUUUACUGCCUCGUUGUCUUCUGUACAUCUUACUGGGUUUAAUUCAAAAAAAAAAAAAGAAAAAACUCUGUUGUAAAAACAGUUUAACAAAAUACUAAACUGCUAAACAACUAGAUGUAAUCAGGUUAUCAAAGGCAAGUAGAGUAAUAAUCUCUCCUGCAUGGUAAAUCUAGACUUUAUUUUCCCCUUGAUUGUCUUCGUGAUAGGUAUGUCACCAAUAUAUGAUUUAAACUGAGCACUGAUGCUGGACUUCAUGAUUUUUACCCUCCCUCUUUGGCAAGGUUUUGUCUCACUGUAUGGUUUAAUUUGAUAUCUUAAGCCUUUCUCCCCAUCUUUAACUGUACAAGUAUAUCUGUUUUAACCAAUAAGUUAAUUGCUGUGAAAUGACUUCUGAUGGUAGAAAAGGAGUUCUAUAACUGCUUUUCUUUUGUUUUUGUUGGAUAAAUUCCCUGUUGUGUGGGUGGCAAUUUUCUUGACAAGGUUUCUUUCUGUCUUAGCCUUGCACAGGGAAAAUAACCAUUUAUCUUUUCUCCUGUACUUAAUAGCUUUAUCCUUUUUUUUUUUUUUACACCAUUUUAUCCUUUUCUCUUUAACAGAAAGUAAAUAUGUAUAAAAUUUGAAGGAACCGAACUAACAAUACCUUUUGUGUAUAUUAUUUUAAUGAAGAAAAUAAAUUGAUUACUGGCAUUGGAACAGUAUAAAAUACCAGUUUGUACAGUAUGACCUAUAUGUGACCAUGUUACUCCCUUCCAUUUCACACAAGGAAAUAGACACAACUGCAGUUCAAAGUAAUACUGGCUCCACCCCUUGGUGCUGGCAGUGUUUGAGGAUAUUAUGCUGGAAAGCGCUCCUAGCAUCAGAGGAUUAACACUAGCAGAUUCUGUUCCAUCUUUGCACUGUGGCUUACCUGCUGAGUUUCUUAACUGUUCUUGUGCAAUUGACAGUGUGCUGACCUGCUUUUCUUUCUGUAAACCUUUUGCAUUACAGGCUGCAUUCUUGCCUUACUGUAUAGAAAAAGAAAAAAGGCUGGGUUUAUCAUUGCACAUUUUAAGCUUUUAUACCUUUAUCUUCUUGGAAUGGUCAGAUUCUGAACCAGACAGCCAGAACCGCAGGUCUGCUGUUAAGGGAUUUUAAGUUGUGGAUUUUUAACACUACAGUGAAAUAAUUUAAGAUAACCCUUGUGUUCAUAGUAUGAGGGGCUAUUUUAUGUCAUGUUGGCAUAAAUUGUUUUGAAAAAAGGGAAAGUGUUUCUAGUGGUGUUUCAUUGCUUGUGCUCAUACAGAGUAAGUUAUUAUUACUUUGCACUAGGUGGUUUGGCCACUGAAAGAAUACUGUAUUGCAAGAGACACAAUCUUAUUUAGCCAAACAUGUUUUACCAAGUUCUUCACUUCUGUUGAUUGAUUUCUAAUUGAAUUUAUGGUUUGGUGGCUGAGAAUUGAGAAGUUAUUUGAAGCAGGAUAGGUAAACCUCAGCAUAUUAUGCACUCAGCUCAACUGUUGUGUUUAAAAUACACAUUUUUAAAUCCCUCUUUACAGACACUAACGUAAAAGUACAUCUUUCCAGGUUGUAAACAUGUAGUAGUACCAGAGUGUUGUAUAGUCAAUGUUAAAUAAAAGCCAAAACUGGAAUAUGCAGAAAAUAGGAUUUGAUUAAUUUGUGGACUCGUCUUUAUUUUCUUCUUUGUUCAACUUUUUAAAAAAGAUUCCUGGCAUAGAUUGGUAUAUUCUGUUAAAGACUUAACAGUGAUCCAUUUUGCUUACACUGUUGCAUCACAAGGGAUUUGCCCAGGGACCAUGACCUGCUGGUGUGUGUAUGUAUUUACAAAGACAAAACAAACAAAAACCACGCAUUGGGAUAUAAGGUAGCAAUCACAAACUAAAGAUUACAGCUUGUUUAGGUGCAAUACCCCGAUUCCCAAAGUUAGUUACAGGGGGUCUUAUUGGUUUUUGUGACAGAAGGAUUUAUUCAAACUGCUGUACUCUUCACUUGAUGUAACAAAAUGCUAUUAAUCUAAAUAUUUGUAAAUAAAGUACCUAUAUGUAGAUUAAAUUAAAA